ACGGUAGUGUUAACAGGGAGGGGUUGGCAUUACUGCCCUGGAUGUCAAAAGGGCCGAACUUCGCCGAAAAGUUAAGGCGGCUCUUUAGCGUCGGAAAACGGAAGUUGUCGUCGAUUGCAAUGGUCCCGAAGAGGUAUUUCUUGAACAAUCUGCCGGACUACGAAGCGGGAGACGAUGUCAGUCCCGAAAAGGACAAGUUGAAGAGCAAUGCCCUGGCGCUCGUCAAGACUAUCAGGGAACAAUGGCACAAGACGCCCCAGAACUGUGAUGGUGGCCUUUAUGUAGGUAUAUCAGGUGCAGCAUACAUGCUUUAUCGUUUGUCAAAAUCCCCCCACUUUGCUCAAGAGAAAGAUUUGCUUCUUCAAGAAGCUGUGGCAUAUCUCAAUUUAGCUCUGGAGUAUGCAAACUCAGUCAAGAAGCAUGGCCAGCUGGUGGACAGAGCUGCCUUUAUUUUGGGAAACACAGGCACAUACGCUGUUGCCGCAGUAGUUCAUAAAGCACUAGGUAAUAGUGGUAAAAGCGAAGAAUACCUUUCUGAAUUUGCACAUAUAGCUGCUGUUAUUACUCCUGUGAACUGGCUUUCUUGUGGGGGAGAUGAAUUACUUGUUGGUCGUGCAGGCUACCUGAGCGGUCUCCUCUGGUUGCGUUCAGAACUUGAAUGUGAGGUUUUAGAUGAGUCAUCCGUCAAUGCCAUUUUGGAUGCAAUGGUGCAGUCGGGUCAGCAGUAUUCCAGUGCACGUAAGAGUCCCAUACCACUGAUGUAUCAAUAUUACAAAACAGAAUACCUUGGAGCUGCUCAUGGUUUAGCAGGCAUACUUCUGAUGAUGUUGAGUUUCCCAACAUGGCUGGAGAGUAGGCCACAAGCGAAUGAUUUGUUAAGAAAAAGUGUAGAUGCACUUCUAACCUUGCAAACUUCAUCUGGAAACUUCCCUUGUGCUAUGGAUGAACUUGAUGGUAGUCGUCCGCCCGAGGAAGAGCUGGUUCACUGGUGCCAUGGUGCUCCAGGUACAAUAUAUCUCUUAGCAAAAGCCUAUAUGAUAUAUAAGGACAAGAAAUAUUUAGACUCUUGUUUGAAAUGUGGUGAAAUCACAUGGCAUAAAGGACUGUUGAGAAAGGGUCCAGUUUACCAAUCAUUUAUGCCGGAGUUACACCUUGGUGAUUCAAGACCGUGACCAUCGCAACGGCUGGAUUUGGUGAUCUAUCAGCAUCAUUUGUGGGCCUUGGACCACACACACACACACAAAUUAGUCAGCUGAUUAGGACACCAUGACGUCAUAAGCAAUGAAUCAUUUACGACAGUCUUUCACACGUUGAGAUGAGAUCGUGUAUUUAAGUAGUCGUAUGCACCAGGUGCAAAUAAUUGAGGCUGUGCCCAAAUUUAACGUUUUUACUGGACGGUGAUGUCCGCGAAGUCAUUAGGAUUCACAACAGUUUAAUUGCAAUUUACAUACGCUACUGUCAUGUGUCUUGACCAUGGAUGCCACCAUAAUAUUAAAGGUAUAUCAACAAUACUGAGAAUCUUUAAUCCAAUAUGUAAUUUACUAAAACCAGAAAAUGUCUUUUAUCUCUUGCUUCAGAAUAUUGUAAUAAAUUAUAUUUUAUUGCGUUAACAGCCGACUGACUUGUUUGUAUAAAAGAAAAAAAGUUUAAAAACUGUAAAUUCUUGAAAAUACUGAGAAUCUUUUUUUUUUCCCACAUUCCCACAAAUAUAUUUACAUAUUCUUUACCAAUUCAGAGACUUAUUUUGUCUUUUUUGAAAAUAUUGGAGUUGGUUUCUAGUUGAGGAAAUUGUUGCAAAAAAAAUUAGUGUACACAACAUUUUGAUUUUUAAAUAAAAUAAAAAAAUUACUAAUCUUAAGAUUUCUUAAGAUUGAAAAUGUGCAUUAGGCUUUAUAUAAAACCAAGCACUGGGACUCAAAGGGUCAUUCAGCACUAUGAGAAUGAAAAUUGAAAUUACAUAAAUACAUUAUGAGGAAUAAACACUAUAGAGGUUACUGUUAAAAAUGGUAAAAAUGACAUUUAUAUCAAAUUAUUUCAUGAAAAUCACAAGACGAGUGGGAAGACAAGUAUAGCUCGCAGAUGUGGUUUUAGAUCAUGCCAAUUGAUAGUGCCUUGCAUGCAACUGCAUCGUAGUGGCACCGUAAGUGAAUUUUCAGGUGUUGAGAUGGUCGCAGUCUUGAAUUGUCAAUGUGCACCUCGGGCAUUACUUUUAACCUAAUAGCCAGUACUUGGAUAAAUAUGAAACAGUGGUUUAUAUGCACUGAAAGUUUUGUUCAUUAUUAAACAUUAUUUUGGAGUAGAUAAAAGACUACUCCGUGAUAAGGUAAAAGAUCAAUUAGGGAUUUAUGAUCAU